AUGGUGCUGAAAGCAAAGAAGAAAGUUCCUACCGUCGCCAAAGCUGAAGCCCAAGAUUUGUGCCCCCUGUUUCACAUAGAUUUUGCACUGACUGAAGGCAGUGUGAAUACACCUCAGUGCCAAAAAGGAUACUUUCCCUGUGGGAAUCUUACCAAGUGCUUACCCCGUGCCUUUCACUGCGAUGGCGUGGAUGACUGUGGCAACGGCGCUGAUGAGGAGAAUUGUGGUGACACUAGUGGAUGGGCGACCAUAUUUGGCACAAUCCAUGGAAAUGCUAAUAAUGUGGCAUUGACACAGGAGUGCUUUCUAAACCAGUAUCCACAACAAUGUGACUGCAAAGAAACUGAAUUGGAAUGUGCAAAUGCUGGCCUCCAGUCUGUGCCAUCGGUCUCCAACAAUGUGACAUUACUGUCUCUUAAGAAAAACAAAAUCCACAGUCUUCCAGAUAAGGUUUUCAGCAAAUAUACAGAACUUAAAAAGAUAUUUCUUCAACACAACUGCAUCAGACACAUAUCCAAGAAAGCAUUUUUUGGAUUAUAUAAUUUGCAAAUAUUAUAUCUCAACCACAACUACAUUACAACUCUCAGAUCUGGAGUAUUCAAAGACUUACAUCAACUAACUUGGCUAAUUCUAGAUGACAAUCCGAUAACCAGAAUUUCACAGCAGUCGUUUAAUGGAUUAAAUUCCUUAUUUUUCCUGUCUAUGGUUAAUAACCACUUAGAAGCCCUUCCCAAGCAGAUGUGUAACCAAAUGCCUCAACUCAACUGGAUGGAUUUGGAAGGCAAUAGAAUAAACCAUCUUACAAAUUCUACCUUUCUAUCAUGUGAUUCACUCACAGUGCUGUUUCUGCCUAGAAAUCAAAUUGAUUUUGUUCCAGAGAAGACAUUUUCUUCAUUAAAAAUUUUAGGAGAACUGGAUCUGUCUAGCAAUAUGAUAAUGGAGCUACCACCUCACGUGUUUAAAGACCUUAGUCUUCUACAAAAACUGAACCUGUCAUCCAAUCCUCUUUUGUAUCUCCACAAGAACCAGUUUGAAAGUCUUAAACAACUUCAGUCUUUAGACUUGGAAAGGAUAGAGAUUCCAAAUAUAAGCACACAAAUGUUUCAGCCCAUGAAGAAUCUUUCUCACAUUUAUUUCAAAAACUUUCGAUACUGCUCCUAUGCUCCCCAUGUCCGAAUAUGUUUGCCCUUGAGUGACGGCAUUUCUUCAUUUGAGGACCUCUUGGCUAACAAUAUCCUCAGAAUAUUUGUCUGGGUUAUAGCUUUCAUUACCUGCUUUGGAAAUCUUUUUGUCAUUGGCAUGAGAUCUUUCAUUAAAGCUGAAAAUACAACUCACGCUAUGUCCAUCAAAAUCCUUUGUUGUGCUGACUGCCUGAUGGGCGUUUACCUGUUCUUGGUUGGUUUUUUUGAUAUAAAGUACCGAGGGCAAUAUCAGAAGUAUGCCUUGCUGUGGAUGGAGAGUACACAGUGCCACCUGAUGGGGUCUCUGGCUGUGCUGUCCACUGAAGUCUCUGUCCUGCUGCUGACCUACCUGACUGUGGAGAAGUUCCUGGUCAUCGUCUUCCCCUUCAGUAACAUUCGUCCUGGAAAACGGCAAACCUCAGUCAUCCUCAUUGGCAUCUGGAUAGUAGGAUUUCUGAUAGCAGUAAUUCCAUUUUGGGAUGAGGAUUAUUUUGGAAAUUUUUAUGGGAAAAAUGGAGUAUGUUUUCCACUUUACUAUGACCAAACAGAAGAUAUUGGAGGCCAAGGAUAUUCUCUUGGGAUUUUCCUAGGUGUAAACUUGCUGGCUUUUCUCAUCAUUGUUUUUUCCUAUAUUACGAUGUUCUGUUCAAUCCAAAAAACCGCCUUGCGCACUGCUGAAGUGAGGAAUCACGUUGGAAGAGAAGUGGCUGUGGCAAAUCGGUUCUUUUUUAUAGUGUUCUCUGAUGCCAUCUGCUGGAUUCCUGUAUUUGUAGUUAAAAUCCUUUCCCUCUUCAGAGUGGAAAUACCAGGCACAAUCACUUCCUGGAUAGUGAUUUUUUUCCUUCCCGUAAACAGUGCCUUGAAUCCCAUCCUCUAUACUCUCACAACCAGCUUCUUUAAGGACCAGCUGAAACAGCUACUGCACAAACAUCGGAGGAAAUCAAUUUUCAAAAUUAAAAAAAAGAGUUUAUCUACAUCCAUUGUGUGGACAGAUGACUCCUCUUCACUUAAACUUGGGGUUUUGAACAAAAUAACCCUUGGGGACAGUAUAAUGAAACCAGUUUCCUAG